AGAAAUCUAAGGAGGAAUAUACUGUACGUGUUGGCAUCAGUUCCCUGAAGUGGUGAAUGUACAUUACAGAAUCAGGAUGCUAAUAUCCUGAUUCAAGACCACAAGCCAGAGAAAGAAAGGAAUACAUUUGUGCUUGUUAUCCAGUAUUUCUGGAUCCCAGAUUUCAGUCUUUUCCAUCUGCACUUUGGGGACCAUGGACUUGAUGAAUCAAUAACUUACUUAAUUGAAGUGACAAUGGGAAGAAUUGCUGGAACUUUGUAAUAUGUGAGCAUGUAAGAGAUCCUGUAAAUAUUGUAUUUAGUUUAGCUGUUCAUAGGAUUUGUAUAUCUACAGUUACCAAUUUAUCCUUCAGAAACACUUGAGUGUCAUUCAUUCCACAUUUUUUCUUUGUUUUUGUUGAAUUGUUCUCUACAUCAGACUUUUAAGCAAGUCUUGGUUGAACAAACAUGGCAGACCAUUCCCUUGAUUUUUCAACUGGAAAUGAUUUCAUCUGUACAGAGUGUGGUGAAGGGUUUGGCCAGUACCCGAAAUUGAUCAAUCACAUGGCUAAUCAUGGACCCAUAGGCCCAUUUUCUUCUAUUUCUGAAACUGCAGCUAAUGGUUGUGACAAACCUAUUGAAUUUGCACUUCAUGAAAAUGGAACACUCACAGUGGUAGACAGAUCUGCUUUAUCAAACUUUUCGUUCUUAUUUGGAAAACCCAUGUCAAAGUUAUUGUCAAACCCAGCACAUUAUCAGGAUUCCUUGCCUUCAAGCAAAAUGGCAGAAAGAGAUCAUACCCAAUGUAGAUGUGAGAGAUGUGGUCAAGUGUUUAGGAACCAGAGAAGUUUACAACAGCAUCAGCGCUAUCGUCCCCUUGAGCAAGGGUUUAAAUGUACCUUAUGUUGCAAGGUUUUUUAUGAUCGAGAGAGCCUUCGUGGGCACCUUCAGAAUCAUGCUCAUGAGCGUUUUUACAGUUGUGGACAUUGUGGAAAACGAUUCUUGAGACAAGAGACCUUGUUGUUGCAUCAGAAAGAAUGGCAUGGGUCUCUUGGAUCCAAGAGUUCAAGUAAAUUUGAUGAGGACCGUGAAAAUGGUAUAGAUAAAUCAUAUCCUUGCAAGAUUUGCGGCUUGCGUUUCUUUUGGUUAUCAGACCUGCAGAGCCAUCUGCUUAAUCAUUCUCAUGUCAGCAAAGCAACUGAUGAUCCUACACAAAAAGAGAACAUGCAGGAACAGGAUGAGAGUAGCCCUAAUAAAAAUGCCUCUCCUGAUAAUUCUACUGACCGAUCAUAUCGUUGUGGCUUGUGUGGAGGACACUUCAAUUGCUUGUCAGAUUUGAAAGAGCAUCAUCUUUCAGAUCAUCCAGAUGAGGACUCCUCUGAACCAGUACCUGAGAUUAAACGACAGUCUGUUAAUUAUUAUGGUAUAAUGCGUCAAAUGGUUUCAAAACACCAAACUCAACGAAUGGAUCUAUUGAGGCCACGAAUGAGAGGUAGACCAAGAGGAGGUGCUUCCAGAGGUAAUCCACACUCGAAGGUAUUCCCUUGCAAACAAUGUCAUCGUGUUUUUGUACACUCCAGUAGCCUUUCCCGUCAUAUGCGAUACCAUAAAGGUACUCUUCAUACAUGCCUUUAUUGUGGUAGACACUUUCCACAAAGAUGUGACGUUACAAGGCAUGUUGCCAUGUACCAUAGUUCAGACAUAAAGCUUAAGCCAGAUGGGGAAAAAUUAGACCAUGAAGAUCAAACUGCUAUACAUGAGUCACCAAAAAUGCAGACAAGCAAUGAGAGUGAUCAUGAAGGUCAGGACAAUAAAGACCAGCAGUCACCAAAACCACCAGACAAAGAGGACUUACCAGAUACACAAGAAACUUCUCAACUCAAGCCACGGAUGACCUACAAAUGCAAAGACUGUGGUAGAGUCUUUAGGCUACUGAGUGUAUUUCAGCGACAUGGGCGCUACCACAGAAUUAACCCUUCUCGGGCAUUGCUAAGCUGUCCUCAUUGUCCAUGUCGCUUCACCUUUCGUUCUGCUCUAGAGCGCCAUCUAGAGAACCAUGAUAAAGAAGGGUCUGAGAAGCAUGGUCAGGAAGCAUCUCCAACUGCAGAGGCCAAUAUGGAAUAUGUAGAAAAUGAAGAUGAUUUGAGUGUUGAAAGGAGUGAGUCAGAAGCUGAUUCAAAAGAGAGUACAUCAACAGAUGUAUUGUAUGAAUGCACUGAAUGUACGGAGACCUUCACAGAACUGCAGCUGUUCCUCAAACAUCAAAGUGCUCACAGUUGAAAGAUAUUUGAAGAGAUGAUAUAAUAUACCUUGAACUGUUGAUAUAACUGUUUGGAAGAAAUGCCACAUCUGCAAUGUGCUAUACACCAAAUCAAGUACAUACUGAUUAUCAAGGUUUUCCUGAAUUAAUUUCUUGUUUUAAAAUUAUGCCAUUGUGAGAGAAUUGGGGUCAGAUCAUGGUGGAAUCAAAGAGAAUUCUUAAUUGGUACUUUGAAAUUUGUUUCCUACAGUGCUAAGUCUAAGCCACCAGGUGUCUACCCAUCUUUAUUUAUUUUUUCCUCUGUUACUCCCCAAUCUUGAAAUAUUCAAUUUGUCCUCUAUAGAAUCUCAGAAUUACAGAAUCUGCCUUGGCAUUGUAUACUCAUUUGAUGUUACAUGUCUACAAAGCUGCCGGUUUCUGAUGUCCAAGCCCAAGACAAUCCAACUUAUUUUGUGUACGUCCCCCCCCCCCUUACUCCAGUUAUGUUAUCUACUCUUCUUAGAGACAGCAUAGAACAUGAGUAGAAAGGUUUAGUUCCCUUACCUAUUUGCCUUUAGUAGGCCCUGAUUAAAUUAUUGGAUGGUAUUUUUGCCAUGUAUAAAACUUAUAAAAAUUUAUAGUUUGCAGUUUAAACCAUAUUUUAUAUAUACACAUUAGUACUAUCAUGCUACAUAGCCUCCAUUGCAACAAUUGACUACAGAUAACACUGAAAACUGCUAAAUUUAUUGCUGGCACCUAAAAUGUACCCUUACAAACAGCCUGGUCUUUUUAGUCCUGCCUGGUUCAGGCAUUAUUGUCAGAAGUCCAGGAUGAAGUUGUUGCGUUGGUUGCAACAAGUUUUGUUGGAACCCAGGGUGCAGUGGUAAUUAAGUUCACUGAUGCAGUGCUUAUUUGUUUUGAGGGGUUCUUUAGGACUACUGGGCUGACAACUAGAUAGCUGAAGAGAGAGAAUGCUUGUCUAUGAAAUGUGCCCUGAGUCGCUUGCCAAGGUAAAGUGUGUGUGUGUGUGUUUUUUUAAACUUCAAAAGAUUAACUUCAAAUCACUGCAUUUGUGGUUAGGAGACCAGGUCAGUUCUGACUUUUCUUCUGACUUUAUCCUGUCCUGCUGUAAAGACUAUAUAUGCAAAUCGGGCCUCAAAGAACUAGACAGGCUUCAAGCUCAUUCUGGGACAGUGGGUUUUGGUCCAUGAGACACCUUUGCACCACUACAAAAACAGCAACUUUCCAGUUUCCAAAUAACCAUCAUAUGGGAAUAUAACUGUUAUAGCUGUUGUGUCCAAAGCCACAUAUUCAGUGAAAACCAGGGUCUAAUAUGACGUAUAGGUGAUCAUUUUCAUCAGUUCAACACUUCAGUAUUAACGUCUGACUUUUUAUGAAGUCCUUCACUGUUCUGGCAGAUUGUGGAAACUGUUACCAAAUGGCCACCUUCUUUGUUUCUGUGGGUGAUUUUUAAAUAAUGGCUGAAACAAAACUGCAGCUCUCUUGUGUACUUGUAUUAAUAAAAUUUGUUGUCUGAAA